AGGGUUUGACGCUAGAUGACAUCGAAAUCUACAUCAACAAUACCAACUCCAACCCCCUUCCCAAGAACGACAAGGGACUGAGGGUACCCACGGAACCCCUUGGGGGUCUAGAAGUCUUUAUCAAACCUGCCAAAGAGAAGACGGGGCUGGAAACUUGUCCGGUGCCAUCGACGAAGAAGAAGAAGGAUCUGUCGGCUUUCCUCGGAGUCAAGGACGAAGUCAGUACAAAGGCACAGAUGGAUCCUAAAUUAAUAAAACUCCAGAAUGAACUGGACCACUAUCUAGUACAGGGCCUACCAGGCUUCCCUCCGCUUCUGUCCCUUCAGUACCAGAGGAACGAGAAUGAAGACCCUCAAAUCCUGUACAUGGAAAGUUCGUGGAAAGACUUGAUCGAUAUCGACAUCAGGAAUUCAAUGAGCAAGAAAGCCAAAGAACUCCAAGAAGGUAUCUGGGAACUCCUAGCGACGGAGGCAAAAUAUAUCAAACAGAUCAGGGUUAUCAUAGAUUUAUACAUGUGCUGUCUACUGAAUCUUCAAACAGAGGCAAUAUUAAAUGAGAUUGAGACAGAGAAAAUCUUCAGCAAUAUCACAGUGCUAGAGCUGGCUCACACAAAGUUCUGGAAAGAGAAUCUUCUGAAGAUUGUUGAGAAAGCAAGGAACAGCGGUAAACCGAUGGAUCCCCAUGACAUCGCCACAGCUUUUGAAGAUUUCACCGAUCAGUUCACAGCGUACUUCAAGUUCUGUGCUGAGGAGGACAGUUGUGUGCAUUAUGUCAGGGAAAAGAGACAGGAGAACAAUAUACUCAGGGCAUUCUUUGAGUGGUGUGAGGGGCACAACAUCACCAGGCAAAUGAGGCUACGGGGUCUAGGUGAUCUCCUGAUCUACCCCAUGCAGAGAGUCACCAAGUAUCACCUGAUGAUAGACAGGGUCCAGAAGAACUGUGAGGAUGAGGUAGCAAAGGCUGCCCUCAAGAAAACGUUUGAUAACAUUGUGGAGUUCGUGACCCACAUCAACCAUGAGAUCAAGAAAGAGCAGGAGCGGAAGAAGAUGGAGAAGGUAGCGGGAAUUCUGGAUGGCUUCGAAGCCUCCAACACCCCGACUGGUUGCGAUGAACUGAGCAGGUUAGUGGAGGCCCAUUCGAUGUUUGAUGUGCGGAAACCUAUGCCUUACGCAAGCCAGAUUCAUCCAAGAUGGCUUCUUUUAGAAGGUUCUCUCAAGCUUCAAGAAAAGUCAGGCAGAUCGACACUUUAUGCAUUCCUCUUCACCGAUGCCUUAGUGCUCGCGAAGCAAAUUAAGACAGGAGAGAAAUACAGGGUCGUCAGGUCACCGAUGAGGGUUGACCAGCUCGAGGUCAUUGAACUCAAAGAUGGAACUGGUUUUGCCGUCUUGUGUGUGGAUGACUACAAUUGUGCAAUGACUGGCUUUGUGGCAUGGCCAGAAAAGGAAAAGACGGUAGCCGUAUGGAUGGAAAAGAUUAGCCAGGCAAAGGAUCUCUAUAACAAAUGCUGCAGUAUAGACGAUGAUGUCGAGUACUUCGAUGAAAUCCCGACAGACGAUCCUCAGACGCCCAUCGUGGCAUUGAUGGAGGACCACCAUUUACAUCCUCAGAGUGGGUUUAGUUACAGUAGCUCACCGAUGACCAGUCCGCAUCAGUCUCCGCAGAUGGAGCGCUCCAAUCGCUGGAGUUCUAACAGUCCUUCCAGUCAUGGUUCCAGUAGCAGCCUUCAGAGAAUGGCAGAGGAGGAAGAGUUUGCUGUCCAAAACGGUGACAAGAAACCGAUCAUGAACGGCACUGGUGUCCAGGAAAACAAUAGCAAUAAUCAGAGCAUCGGGCAACCGGAUGCCCUUACCCCAAAAGUGGCACCUAAGACGUUGCCCAGACCCAACCUCAAACCCCCACUGACUAAACACACCGCUUACCGGGAAACGGACUUCCCAACUGACAGUUCACUCUUAAGUAGUAUCGUGCCUGAGAUACCUUCGGAAGAAAACAAAUCCGGUUUGAUCACGGUGAUGCGCCGUCUGUCCACAGGGUCCCCGCCCGAGGAAAUGCCGCCAAAGUCGCCUUCGAUGUCGCCGAAGGGGCGUAUCAUGUCUUUCGAAAGUUCCGAUGAGGACGACGAAGGAGAGAGACCGGGACAGACGACGGAUAUCUACUUUGAGCCUCCUAAAAGCAAAAAGGACGCAUCGCCUAAACGGCAAAAGGGAACAGUUAUAUCAGCAACGUCUGCCGUGAACAAGCACCACAGACCCAGUAUGCCGAACAUCCACGUCCUGGAGAAAAAGGAAAAUAAGUCAAAUGGAGAAGGCACGCUGAAAAAGAAAAAGAUAUGGGAAAAGAUGCAGUCGAGUAAAAUCAAACUAUGAUAGUCUACUACCUCCAGACCCGACAGUAGCAUGAUGUCCGUCAGCGGCCUCACACCUAGUCUCAUCGCUUUGCUUUGCAUGCUUGGUCUCACACACACACUCACCAAACCCCGAUUAUUCAGUUUGGUUUAAUAUAUUAUUUUUGUCAUUCCAUCUAGUCAACCUACUUGUACUGUAAAUGCAGUAGCGUCGGGACAUUAUUCUGAUCAGAUAAGGCUUAGGAGGGGAAAGCGUUGGGUGUUAACAAAGGCUCAACCUCCUGGAUCUUUAACUGAAUAUAGUGUUCCGACAUCACUGUUUGAAGUAUAUCUUGAUUUCUGGGUGCAUCAGAAUAUCUCUGCAAACGCAAAAAAAGAAAGAAAGAUGAAUAAUAAUAGAAUAAAAGCAAAGAAUAUAUAUUUAUUUGGUGUCAUUCAUGGUUUAAUUCUACAAUCGAUUCUUUCCCAUGUAUAGCAGUAUAAAAUAACUUGGACCUGGGUCCCGUAACACAAAGGUUAGCGAUGAAUCGUACGCUUGAUUUUCAUGAUUGAUUGUACAUUGUCAAUGCAAUCAACCGUAGAAAAAAUGUUCUACGAUCAUUGCUAAGCAGGCCCCAAAACUGACUAGAAAUGCAUUUUCACUGUCAGUUUGGUGUCAAACUUUUUGCAUUCGUAUUAUUUUGAUAACGUGCAUAUCUCAACUGCAGCAUCAAAAUAAACACAUGGGACCAUGUAUCCCUCAGUUUUGCAAACUAUGCCUUUUCAUCAGUUUCACAUGUAAUUAACCUGAUGUCGGUCACUUUUGCCAGCAUCUUCAUUGAUUUUAUUUGAUUAAGGAAGUGCUUACCAGAAGUCAAGAUUUUAUUUUAGUAUGUUUGUGACAGGAAUUCAAGCCUUCCAUUCAAUCAUGUUUCAAAUUGUUUUUUUUUUGCAUGAUUUUGAAGCUGUGUCUUGUUCCAUUCAGUAUACGGUGCGGUCAAACGUGUUAAAGACCUGUCUAAUUGAUCGAGAUGCACAGCUUGGGAACCUUUUCAUAAAACUUGUGAUAAUCACAGAUUUGCAAUAACAGUUGAAGGCUACUGAAAUGAUUCAAUUUGAAUGGCUGAGAGUAAACUUGCGAUAGAAAUUGUGCAUUUUUUAUGAUAACAAGUCUUUAUGAAAUAACAAUAUUAAUACACAUGAUUUAUAUACCGUCUUUUCCAUUUUGAUUAAAUGCUCAAGGCGCUAGAAGAGAGCAAAACAUAAAAGUAAAGAGAACUAAGAGAAGUACAAAAAAGGGUCCUUUGUCUUUACAGACAAGUGGUCUCAAUGCACAAGUGGCCUAUGUAUAUGAUCUUUGUAUACAGGGAUCUUUCUGUGAAGUUGGCCAUUAGGUACGUGGCCUAUUUUGUAAAGACUUUUUAUAAUAAUGAUUGCACAAUUUUCAUAACAAGCUUAUGAUCAGCUAAUCGCAUUGAAUGAAAUCGGCAGCUUUAAACUCUUUUUGCUGUUUUGUUAUUGUUACAAGUUUUUAUGAAACGGCAUGUUUUGGCUGCACCAAUGUAAUAAAGACCACAGAGGUAAUCGUUGUUUAGUUUUAGAGAAAUAUGCUACUUUAGAAAGUUUGAGUGGUAAACUUCCUAACAAAACUUGUCUGUUUAUCGUAAAUAACAAUAACAACAUGUUGUUGUGAAAGUUACUGUCGUAAAUUGCCAGUAGAAAUGCGCCCCAAAAAGAGGGAGUAAGAAAAGUCAACACAUUUUGCUCAAUAUUUGUGCUUAUAAAAUGUGCAUCAUUGCAACUGUAGCUCCAGCCCUGUGAUACAGAUAUAUUAGUGAAUAUUUACAUAUAUUUGAAUUUAAGGAAUGAAUCUGAUCAGAUUUCAUUUUUAAUAUAUAAAUUAGACAAAUACUCUUGUUCAUUUGAAAUUAUUCAUUUAUUUUGAAAAUCCCAAAAUCUUACUUUCGAGUCGCACCUCUCUGCAACU